AUGGUAGAUGAGCUUCUUGGAGUGCUAUGGGCUUAUCGCACCACCAAGCGGAGAUCAUCUGGCGAAACCUCGUUUUCCCUCGCCUAUGGAACUGAAGCAAUCAUUCUUCCUCACGUCACUGUCCUCUCCAUAGGCAAUGAAGUGGGUUGUAUUGAGCAAAACUCCGAGCAGAUGAGGCUCAGCCUUGACUUACUUAAAGGUGAGUGCAAGAAGGCCAUUGUCCAAGUCGUCUCUUAUCAACAGCGGUUGAAGUCUUAUUACGACGAAAGAGCCAAGAUUAGACUGUUUCAACUAGGUGACCUUGUGCUAAGAAAGACCUUCAUCACUGCACAAAGACAAGGGUCUAAAAAGAUGAAACCCAAUUGGAAAGGCCCUUAUGUGAUCAGCCAGUUCGGGGGCAGAGGAAGCUAUAUAUUUGACACCAUGAAAGGGAAGGAGAUUCCAUGA